AUGAGCGAACGAAUCGUGAGUAAACUCCCGCGACUGGCCCUCGCAAGACCGAUGGCGCCGAACGUCGGCCUCAACUGUAUCAUGUGGGCGGAGCGACUCGCCGAGCAGUGGACUCUGGGGGCCAUCCAUCGGGCAGUUCGGCCCGACGGGAACAACAACGCCCUGCGGCUGUGUGGCGCCGCGCCAAGCAGCCCUUUCCGGUGGUUCAGGAGCGACCUGAGGCUCACCCAGCACUGGGAGGCGUCCCGGAGUGUCGGUUUGGCCGAGUUUGCCUCCAAGUGAGAGUUCUACUACUAAAUAAAAAGCAGAAGACGUGCGAAUUAGCGAUCACGCGAUUCGUAAUUAGUUUUUUAUGGUUAAAAAAAAAACGUAAACUUGAAAUUUAGCAUGGUAGCUUGCUGAAAACAGGCUUUCAGUAUCUCACCGAUAAUUUUCGAUUUUCUGAACUAGAAAAAAAGUAAGAAAAUGGAUAUAGGACAUUGAGAAGUGAAAAAAAUGCCACACGCGAGUCGUAAAAAAUUUGAAGAAAAGUUUCGAUAAAGAAUUCAAGACUUCUUCCAUCAUCAAAUUUUUCAGGUAA